AUGUCGUCAGGGGCCUUUUUGGAAGCGGUCAAGUCCCGCCGCACCUACUAUGCUCUGUCGAGUGAAUCUCCAAUUCCCGACUCCAAAAUCCAUGAAAUCGUCAAUGAAACUGUCACGCACGCGCCUAGCUCCUUUAACUCACAGUCAACCCGCGUGGUUGUCCUGCUGAACGAGGAGCACAAGAAACUGUGGGGCGACAUUGUGAUCCCCGUCGUCAAGUCGGUGGCGCCGGCCGAGGCGUGGCCUGCUUCGGAGAAGAAGCUCGAGGGAUUCAAGGCGGCGUACGGCACCAUCUUGUUCUACGAAGAGCCCAAGGACGUCGCCCAAUUGCAGGAAAAAUUCCCGCUCUAUGCCGACAAGUUCCCUCAAUGGAGUGAGCACACCAAUGCCAUACAUCAAUAUAUUUUAUGGACCGCGUUGGAAAAGGAAGGCUUUGGCGCGAACCUGCAGCACUACAACCCCUUGAUCGACGAGAAGAUCGCGGCGACCUGGAACGUCCCUAACAACUGGAGCUUGAAGGCCCAACUGGUCUUUGGCAAGCCCGCUGCCGACCCCUACCCGAAGACUUUCAAGCCGCUCGAAGAACGAGUGUUUGUCCACGGGGCUAAGGAAUAA